AUGGUCCCCAAUGAAGCCCUUCAGUACCAGGGAAUUAUCCACCUACUUCAACAUUUCCAGUGGAAAUGGGUUGGGCUCAUCACCAUGGAAGAUGAAGGUGGAGAACAUUUCUUGCGGACCGUGGAGCCGAUGCUUUCCCAGAAUGGGAUCUGUUCAGAAUUCACAGAAAGACUUGAAACAAAUUGGCAUUUCUUUGACCUGGGUGAAGUUAUCAAUCGUACACUGACUCACCUUACCAUUUUCAUGCCGAAAAAAGCCAAUGCAGUUCUUAUGUAUGGAGAAAAUACAACCAUUAUGUGGUUGGCAUCUAUUAUAUUGGUAGCAACUGUUUUUCCUCUAACAGAUCAGCAGCAUUCAGGGGAAAUCUCUGGCAGAAGAGUAUGGAUUACAACAGCCCAAAUUGAUUUCACCAUACAUAUCCUUCAAAAGGCUUUUGACAUGCAAAUACUUCAUGGUGCUAUUGCUUUCACAAUUCACUCAAGACAACCUCCAGGCUUCCAAAACUUUCUUCAGAUGAUCAACCCUACUGAAGCAAAAGCAGAUGGAUUCAUCACAGAAUUCUGGGAACAAGCAUUUGGGUGCCUUAUGCCAACUUCUGAUGCAUCACCUAAUAUCAAUGAAACAUGUACUGGGCAGGAAGUGAUGGAGACUCUUCCUUCACCUUUCUUUGAAAUGAGCAUGACGGGACACAGUUACAGUAUCUAUAAUGCUGUCUAUGCUGUUGCACAUGCCUUACAUAUACAUACCACUCACAUGUCUAUCUCCAACCACAGAGCAGUGAAGGAUGGGAGCAGGCUGGUGCCUCCGAAUGUGGAACCCUGGCAGCUCCACUCACUACUUCAGAGGAUUUCAUUCAAUAACAAUGCUGGAGAUGCCAUCACUUUUAAUGAACAUGGGGAAUUAGCAGCUGGAUUUGACAUUAUGAACUUGGUCACAUUCCCAAAUAACUCAUUUUUCAAAGUCAAAGUUGGAAAGCUGGAUCCUCAGGCUCCUCCAGGAAAAUUGUUUGUCCUUAAUGAAGACAGAAUCCAGUGGCACAGAGAGUUCACUCAGCUGCCACCGCUUUCGGUAUGCAAUGACCACUGUCCUCUUGGAUAUGGGAAGAAAAGGAAGGAGGGGGAGAAAUUUUGCUGCUAUGAGUGUGCUCCAUGUCCAGCAAGGAUGGUAUCAGACCAGAUGGGCUCAGAAACUUGUGUCCAUUGUCCAGAGGAUCACUUUCCAAACAAUGGCCAUGAUGAAUGCAUUCCUAAGAUUCCAAACUUCCUUUCUUUUCAAGACCCUUUGGGCAUCACUUUAGCUAUUUUGGCUCUUUUCUUUUCUCUGAUCACAGCUCUGGUGCUCGAAGUAUUCAUUAAGCAACAGGACACUCCCAUUGUCAAAGCCAACAACCGAAACCUCACCUACAUUCUCCUCAUUUCCCUCCUCCUUUGUUUCCUCUGUGGUGUACUGUUCAUCGGAAGGCCUGAAAGGAUGACCUGCCUCCUACGGCAAACAGCAUUUGGGAUCAUUUUCUCUAUUGCUGUUUCUUCUAUUUUGGCCAAAACAGUAACAGUGGUUGUGGCUUUCAUGGCCUCCAAGCCAGGGAACAUCUUCCACAAAUGGGUGGGGAAAAGAUUGGCACAUUCUAUUGUCUUCUCCAGCUCGCUUCUUCAGUUAGGUAUAUGUGCUCUUUGGUUGGGUACUUCUCCCCCAUUCCCAGACUUGGACAUGCAUUCAUUCUCUGAAGAAAUCAUAGUAGAAUGUAAUGAAGGGUCAGUCACCAUGUUCUACUGUGUCUUGGGAUACAUGGGCUUUCUGGCCAUUCUCAGCUUUACUGUGGCUUUCUUUGCAAGGAAAUUACCUGACAGUUUUAAUGAAGCCAAGUUCAUCACCUUCAGCAUGUUGCUCUUUUGUAGUGUUUGGGUGUCCUUUGUUCCAACCUACCUGAGCACCAGAGGGAAAUACAUGGUGGCUGUGGAGAUCUUCUCCAUCUUGGCCUCUAGUGCUGGAUUAGUGGGCUGCAUCUUUUUCCCCAAAUGUUACAUUAUUGUAGUGAGGCCUGAACUGAACAGCAGAGAGCAGCUAAUAAAGAAAAAGAAAAAAUAA